UGCUCAAACUCUGCACUGAAAGCGGUUUAAGUAAAACUCAUUGACUGGCUGUAUGUCAACACAGAAGCAGAGGCUGGAGGAUUUAACAGGGGAGUUUUUGAAAAAGAGGAGAAAAGUUUCGGAAGGGGGAAUCCGGAAGAUUGGAAAAACAGGGACAACUUGCCUUCGAUGAGGCCUGCAGCUGAGGCUGGGGCGACCGGCCCGGAGAGAAGCUGGACUGACUGUUCUCUCCCAGCUGCACUGCUCUGCGACGGGCCGGAGGUCUGGGGAUUGUUCACGCUCAAGCCCAAGCACACACUGCCUGACGCUGAGACGGCCUGUUGAUUUGGCAGGGGGUCCUAAUUUUCUGGCCAGGGGAUAUAGUGCUUUCCUGCGAGGACACUAGAAGGACACAGGCAUAGACCCCCUCUGAGAGACAUCGGACCUCCAGAAUAUCCACAGUGCAGGACUGCCGAUCCGGCCAAGCCACGAUUAUCCUCUGUCCGACAUGGAGCUAGAAAAACUCUCUGGCGAUGAAACUCUGGGCAUCAUCUCGAAUGGCAGCCAUGUUAACGACCUCAGCCCAGAGAAGGUCACGCUGGAAGAUGGGUACGAAGGGCCAGAAUCUGCCGAGAUGGAGCGAGAGGAGUUCCUGCCGCACAAAGGCGAUGGGAAAAAGCAGCCCCAGUUUACAGACUUCGAAGGAAAGACAUCUCUGGGGAUGUCUGUCUUCAACCUCAGCAACGCCAUCAUGGGCAGUGGGAUCCUGGGGCUGGCGUACGCCAUGUCCAACACUGGCAUCAUCCUCUUCCUAAUCCUGUUGACGUUCAUUGCCAUUCUGUCGGCGUAUUCCAUACACCUGCUUCUGAAGAGCGCCGGAGUCGUAGGAAUCCGUGCCUAUGAACAGCUGGGCAACAGAGCCUUUGGACCUCCAGGGAAAAUCUUAGCAGCUAUCGUUGUCAGCAUCCACAACAUUGGAGCCAUGUCCAGCUACCUCUUCAUCAUCAAGGUGGAGCUGCCUCUGGUCAUCUCGUCCUUCCUGAAGACCGACAGCAGCGACCUAUGGUACCUGGAAGGCAGGUACCUGAUCAUCAUCGUUAGUGUCCUGAUCAUCCUCCCUCUUGCCCUCAUGAGACAGCUCGGUUAUCUUGGGUACACCAGUGGAUUCUCCUUAACCUGCAUGGUGUUCUUCCUCAUCUCGGUGAUCUACAAGAAGUUUGACUUCAGCUGUAGCCCUGAGAUGGAAAUGAACCUCACAAACUGCGUCAACAACACGGAAGAAGUCAAAUUCUUCACUGUAAACCAACAGACGGCUUACACCAUCCCCAUCCUGGCCUUCGCCUUCGUGUGCCACCCUGAGGUGCUGCCCAUCUACACGGAGCUGCGCAGGCCCACCAAGAAGCGCAUGCAGACCGUGGCCAACAUCUCCAUCCUGGCGAUGUUCCUCAUGUACCUGCUCACGGCCAUCUUCGGCUACCUCACCUUCUACGGCAACGUGGAGGCGGAGCUGCUGCACACCUACAGCAAAGUGAAGCGCGUGGACACCCUGAUCCUGUGCGUGCGUCUGGCCGUGCUGCUGGCCGUCACCCUCACCGUCCCCGUGGUGCUCUUCCCGAUCCGGAGAGCGCUCCAGCAGCUGUUGUUCCCGGGCAAAGACUUCCACUGGGGCCGGCACUGCGGCAUCGCCAUCGUUCUCCUGAUCAUCGUCAACCUGCUGGUCAUCUUCGUACCCAACAUCAAGGACAUCUUCGGCAUCAUCGGCGCCACAUCCGCCCCCAGCCUCAUCUUCAUCCUCCCGGGAAUCUUCUACGUUCGCAUCAUUCCCAGCGAGAGAGAACCGCUCAAGUCACGACCCAAGAUCCAGGCAGCCUGCUUCGCCGCGCUGGGCUUCAUCUUCAUGGUGAUGAGUCUGUCCUUCAUCUUUGUGGACUGGGUGCGGGGGGAGAGCAACAGCCACGGUGGGCACUAGCACCCCUCGACGGCGCCUGGGAAACACAGCGACGUCAGAGACCCCACCUGCCCCCCCCCCCACCUCCCCUGCCCCCACCAGCUCAGCCCCAAGUCCUUCAACUCGCUGGGAAAAAAACUGAAAAGGGCUGGACCCCCCGCCGCCUGCCCCCACCCUGCCCAUCUCAGUGUCCAUCUCCCCCCCUCCUUCACGCCAGGCAAGGCUCUCUGCUGCCCCCUUGUGUUCUGGAGGAGGGGCACACACCUCCUCCCCACAGUUCAGGUGGGUGGCGCUUUCUAAAACAGAGAACGGUGUUAUAAACUCCUGCAAAACCCCAAGAGAGGUCUGUGGUUCAGGAAUUAACAACAGAACAAGUGCACGAGCAUCCUAGCCGAUGUCGUUCUUGUGCUUGAUUGCCAGACUUGUCGGUGAGCGAAUCAUAUUUCUGGACAGUGUUCCUCCCCUCACACUAUGGUCAAGAGUCUUAAUUCAGCUGUUACUUAUUUAACUAAGCUGUUUAUUAAAAUGUCGACACAGAGUUAAGUUAUUUUCCUACGUGACUUUGAAAACAGAUCAGCCGUAUUCUCCAGGCGGCACGUGUGCUUGGUGCAGAGUAGAGAGGUUCUCUCUGUCUGAGCCUGGGAUGGCCGAGCACAGCGAGCUGCACAGCGGUGAGCUCAAGGAGCCUCUAACUGUGACACUCGACCAGCGAUCAGACAGCUGCUUCCUGUUACAAGGAAACACAGACAGAAACAGAGAUAUGUAUUUACGUGAACAGUUCCACCUAGCUGAAGCACACUUUACACUCCUGUCAGAGAUCCUGUCCUUGUCUGAGAAUUCAAGAGCCUGUUCCUUUAGCACAGUUCUAUGAAACAGCUCAUUAAUCUCCAUAAAUCUCCAAACUCCUUUCUUGGCGCAUUUUCUGCCCAAGUGAGACUUCCUGCAUCAGUUUCUGAAAACAGACAACACUUCUCGAUGAGACAAAAUGACAUGUACGAGCAUUUCAGCUGCAUGUGGAGAGUCGUCAUCUUAAAGGUCAUUUUUUUAUGUUAUUGCUGUUAGGACAAUGGAGCUUCCCAGUGGCUCAGACAGUACAGUGGCUUGUUUGGAGGGCUAUAGUCCAGACACCACCAGUGUGACCGCAGACAGUUGCUUGCCAUGAGGGUUUGUGGGUUUAAGUAAGAGACAAUAUGUCCCCAGAUCUGAGCACAGCAGUGACCCCUGCUGGUGUCCCUGAGCGGUGACACUGCGAGAGGUCUGCCCAUCGUAUUUUAACUGAUAUGCAUGGAGGCACUGGCCAGUACUGCCCACCCACCCCCCAGUCCCAGAGAGCCAUAGUUCCUCGGGUGUUAGGGUUCACCCUAAAAUAAUCAAUUCCUAAACUUUCGUACACUACGUAUGCAGAGAAUUCAGGCAAUUAAACAGCGCAGAGACCAUUUGAAAUACAAAACAGCCAAGACCUCCAUAGCCCAACGCCCAGAGCUGGCCAUUCCUGGCUGAACUCAAUCAAGUAAUUGGCUCAAGUGGUCGAGACCCACGUGUGUUCCGAGUCCGCCCAGCCUUCUGAGCGCAGAAACCUGGCCACGCCCAUCGCUCGCUGUCCGGAAGUCUCGACUCCCUGCGGUCCGGUUUCCAACUUCACCUUCAUGUUGCCGAGACCGACUACUACAGUGUUUCGACUGCUUUUAUUCGAACAAUUGUAUCACUCCGUUGCGAUGCCUUCUACACCACCCAAACUGUAUUUUUAGGAACUGUUUUUUUUACCGAGUCCUCCUGUUACAGGGCGCAAACCUCCACACACGUAGUUCCAGCAGGGGGCGACACAAAACAACAGGCUGCUGUAAAAAAAAAUGAAGUUCGCCAAGAGAUCAUUUCAGCGCAUGCGUUUUCUCCUCUGUGAGUUUAAUUAAAUCGGUCUGUGAACAGUUACACAUCAUUUCCUCAGCAGUUAAUCGGUUAUCGUUAUUGAUGGCAGCUACAGUAGACACAGGAGACAGGGGCGAACGGUGCAGUGACGUGCAGUGUUUGGCUCAUGUUCACAGGAAGUGUGUAUCGUACUGAUGUCUUGUCCGACAGCACAGAGGUGCGUUCUGAUCUUAAUAAAGGUGUCACUCCGAGUGGUC